AUGCAUGAAAAACCCUACAAAUGUAAAGAAUGUGGCAAAGCCUUUAAUAAUUACUCAACCUUUGUAGAUCAAAGAAUUCAUUCUGGAGAGAAACUCUGCAAAUGUGAAGAAUGUGGCAAAUUUAACAAUUCCUCACGUCUCUCUGUACAUAAAAGAAUUCAUUCUGGGGAGAAACCCUACAAAUGUGAAGAAUGUGGAAAAGCCUUUAACCGGUCCUCACACCUUUCUGUACAUAAAAGAAUUCAUUCUGGAGAGAAACCCUACAAAUGUACAGAAUGUGGCAAAGCCUUUAACAGUUCCUCAAAUCUCUCUGUACAUAAAAGAAUUCAUUCUGGAGAAAAACCAUACAAAUGUGAAGAAUGUAGAAAAGCCUUUCACCAGUACUCACAGCUUUCUAUACAUAAAAGAAUUCAUUCUGGAGAGAAACCCUACAAAUGUGAAGAAUGUGACAAAGCCUUUAGCAAUUACUCAAACCUUUUUGUACAUCAAAGAAUUCAUUCUGGAGAGAAACCCUACAAAUGUGAAGAAUGUGGCAAAGCCUUUAAUGAUUCCUCAGGCUUUUCUAGACAUAAAAGAAUUCAUUCUGGGGAGAAACCCUACAAAUGUGAAGAAUGUGGCAAAGCCUUUAACCGCUACUCAAUACUUUCUGCACAUAAAAGAAUUCAUUCUGGAGAGAAACCAUACAAAUGUGAAGAAUGUGGCAAAUCCUUUAACAAUUACUCAAUCCUUUCUGUACAUAAAAGAAUUCAUUCUGGGGAGAAAUCUUACAAAUGUGAAGAGUGUGGCAAAGCCUUUAAGGAUUCCUCAAGCCUUUCAGUACAUAAAAGAAUUCAUUCUGGAGAGAAACCAUACAAAUGUGAAGAAUGUGGAAAAGCCUUUAAAGAUUCCUCACACCUUUCUCAACAUAAAAGAAUUCAUUCUGGAGAGAAACCCUACAAAUGUGAAGAAUGUGGCAAAGCCUUUAAUCGCUACUCAAUACUUUCUGCACAUAAAAGAAUUCAUUCUGGAGAGAAACCAUACAAAUGUGAAGAAUGUGGAAAAGCUUUUAGCCAGUACUCACACCUUUCUGGACAUAAAAGAAUUCAUUCUGGGGAGAAACCCUACAGAUGUCAAGAAUGUGGCAAAUCCUUUACUAAUUAUUUAACCUUUUCUAGACAUAAAAGAAUUCAUUCUGGGGAGAAACCCUACAAAUGUACAGAAUGUGGCAAAGCCUUUAACAGGUCCUCAAAUCUCUCUGUACAUAAAAGAAUUCAUUUUGGAGAAAAACAAUACAAAUGUGAAGAAUGUGGAAAAGCCUUUAACCGGUCCUCACACCUUUCUGUCCAUAAAAGAAUUCAUUCUGGGGAGAAACCCUACAAAUGUGAAGAAUGUGGCAAAGCCUAUAACGAUUCCUCAAGCCUUUCUGUACAUAAAAGAAAUCAUUCUGGAGAGAAACCAUACAAAUGUGAAGAAUGUGGAAAAGCUUUUAACCGAUCCUCAUACCUUUCUCGACAUAAGAAUUCAUUCUGGAGAGAAACCCUACAAUUGUGA